AUGUCCGAAGGACAAUAUCCGACCUACCUCAAUAGAAUUCGAUUUGGAUCGGAUUGGGGCGCCGACGUCGUUUUUGGGGGAAAGCUGACAUUCGCUGACGGCAGCAGGACUCUUCUUUUGGCCGAAAUCCUUGAUAUAUUGGAUAUAUUGCAAUAUUAUAUCUGCCACGGUGUAGUUGUGAAACGUUGA